AAAUGAGUCCCAACAAUUCUAGAGCGUGGAUGAACGGGAUUUUCUGCGUGCGUUAGGCUAUACGACCAUUCAAUAUCAUGCUAUUGUAAUCGCAGAACAUUCGUUGUCUGUUUUUAUUCUUUAUUUGAACCAUUUUUAAAACGGUAUGAUAAUCAGCCAAUAUCUGUCGUGCCUGCUGCGGGGUCUUAUUUUCCAUUUUCAAUGAAAGAAGUAGGCUAAACGUGUGAACGUAUUGCGUUUUAAUUGACUCGUCGCUUUUCUUCUACACAGCCAUGAUUUACAAAGGAAGGGAUGUAGGAAAACAUGGAAGGCAAUUAAAGGUUUGAAGACAAAAAGCAAAGGUCAAAAUGUUUACAUUCUAUAAAGCCGCUGUCGAGCACUGGGAGGUGCUGCAUUCUCUUAGCGCUCCUUUCCGCGUGAUUGGUAAACUUGACAGUGAUUGACGGGCAUCCAUGGCAACCAAUCUGCCAAGUCCAAUAGAAAAUCAGCAGAGGGGCUGACUGUAAUUUCCCCCUUCAAAAUACAUCUCGGGUCUAGUUUUUAUACUCUUGUAAUUUCUACAUACCAAGUUCACCAGCCGAGGGCAUAGUUCCUCCGUGUUUUUAACGGUUGAUCUGUUAACUUUGGGAUUGCCUUUUUGUGUGGAUCCGACGAUCAGAGAGCGAGAGGGAGAGAAGGGUAGGCGCGAGAGAGGAGCGUGUGAGUCAGAGAGAGACCGAGGUGAAACGAAAAGCCUCCAUGUUUCAGCUGCCUAUCUUGAAUUUUAGCCCCCAGCAGGUUGCGGGGGUUUGCGAGACUCUGGAAGAGAGCGGGGACAUUGAGCGCCUCGGUCGCUUCCUCUGGUCUCUGCCCGUCGCCCCAGCAGCCUGCGAGGUCCUCAACAAGAAUGAGUCGGUGCUUAGGGCGCGGGCCAUCGUGGCCUACCACACCGGGAAUUUCCGAGAACUCUACCACAUUCUGGAGAACCACAAGUUCACCAAAGAGUCUCACACUAAACUACAGGCCCUGUGGCUCGAGGCGCACUACCAGGAGGCAGAGAAGCUGCGGGGCCGCCCGCUAGGGCCAGUGGACAAAUACAGGGUGCGGAAGAAGUUCCCUCUACCCAGAACGAUAUGGGACGGAGAGCAAAAGACCCACUGCUUCAAGGAGAGAACCCGACAUUUGUUACGAGAAUGGUACUUGCAGGAUCCUUACCCGAACCCGAGCAAAAAGAGGGAGCUCGCGCAGGCUACUGGACUUACUCCCACACAAGUGGGAAACUGGUUCAAAAAUCGUAGACAAAGGGAUAGAGCGGCGGCUGCGAAAAAUAGGCUACAACAGCAAGGGAUGUCCCAAGGCUCGGUUCGGUCUUUGGCAGAUGAUGAUGGAACCGUCGAUCGACUCGGUCCCGCCUCUAGUCCCGAGGCUAGUUUGUCAAGCAAAGCCGCCACCUCGGCUAUCUCGAUCACUUCCAGCGACAGCGAAUGUGACAUCUAAUGGCGCACGAGGCAGUCCAGAGGAGGGAGAGGAUAAAUUCACAGGAGAUAAAUAAAGGAGAUCCUAAAAGACAAUCUAACAAAAAAACAGUCAGUGCCUGCGUUUGAAUUUAAAGAAACUGGUCUUCUUUGAUGGCUGCCAAAACAUGAGGGAUCUGACGGAAUGCCCUGUCUUAAAGCUAUACUUUCUUUUUGUUGUCGUUUUUCCGCUAUGGAUGGCUGAAGCUAAUACAAGCGGACAGAAAAUGUAAAGAAAAAUCAUAUUCAUAUUCACAAUCCCUUUUUAGGGAGGACUAAUAAACCAAUGCCUCAAGAUACAACUACAGAAGAAGAAGAAGACAUCCGAGCGCCUAACCUGCUGUUUUCUGUGGGUAUUUCAUGUUGAAAAGACGCUGGAAUAUUUUUACUUUACUUUUAAAGUUUUAUAAAUAAUGUUUAUUUACCUAUUUAAAUGAUUGGCUCUGUUAGAAUGUGAUAUUAUUUUGCUUGGUGUUUUUAAUAUUUACCUUGUGCACAGGUGAACCCGUUGAGCAUGUGCGCUUUAGUAAACAUGUGUUUCAGUAAAAAGUUUUUUUUUUAAGAAGUAAAGAUAACUUAAUAAAAUAAUUGUUUAUCAAAAGAACAAAA